AAGCCGAGCGGUGAGCUGAGUGGGAGCCGCGCCUCCUCCUCGGACGGAGCUGUCGGGGUGCGGCAAGUUGGGGGAAGCGGCCUCGACUUUCUUAGCCUGCCGCUCUGAAGGCGAAGCCGAGUCCGGCGCUAUUGCGGGGCCUCGCUCUCCGGGAAGAAAGCGCCAAGUUCACCUUCCCUUUCUCAUCUGGACGGACAGCUCUUGUGAAUGGCUAAAGGUAGAGAGACGGGAAUUCCCAGGCCUGUGACGCAAGCGGAGAGCGAAAUGGCUCAGCCGCCGCCGCCGCCCUGUUCCGUGGAGAGGUCCAGUCCCCCGUCUCCUUACCUCCACAACUUGCCCUCCUGGGUGCUGGAGGACUUUUGCCAGAAGAUGGACUGCCUCAACGAGUACGACUGGAUGCGCUUUGCAUCUCAUGUGAUAACUGACCAGACUGAGCUGAGAAAAAUCAAAUGCAUGGAAAAAGCAGGAAUUAGUAUAACAAGAGAACUGAUGUGGUGGUGGGGAGUGCGGCUUGCGACGGUCCAACAAUUGUUGGAACUUCUGCAGGAAUUGGAGUUCUAUAGAGCAGCACAAGUGAUUUCAGAUUGGAAGUCACACAACCAUGAUUCUGCCAGGUCUCUUUUCAAGUGCCCUGAACAGGAGAGUGACUUGCCACAUCAGCAUGGGAUGAACAAUAAAGAGAAAAUAGGAAAUGGGAUGGAAGUAUCACCAUUAUUACCAAACUUGACACAGAUGCAUAGAAGACAGAAUGAUCCUCUUUUAAAGGUAGAUUCAGACAUGCCUUCUUUAUCUCUGCCACCAACUUCCAUGGACCUCCCACAUUCUUUACAUUCAAAUUUCUCAGAUUUCUCAAAUGAAAAGCUCUACAGUUCUUCCAUUCCUCAGGAGGAAGUUUCUCCUAAUCAUGACACUGAAAGUCUUUUGUGGAUGCCAAGGGAAGUGGAAAUUGCCACCAGCGGCUUCAGUGAAAAAAAUCGAAUUAGUGAAGGCAUUUUUGCUACUACUUACAGAGGUCAGAGAGAUAAUGCUCACUAUGUUGUUAAAAAACUAAAAGAGAAUGAGGCACAAGUAUUUUUUCGUACAGAAGUGCAAAUCUGCUUUCGAUGUUGCCAUCCUAAUAUUCUACAGUUGUUGGGUUUCUGUGUAGAAAAUGGACUUCACUCCUUGAUUUAUCCCUACAUGGAAAAUGGAUCGUUACUGGACAGGUUACAUUGUCAGGAUAGUUCUGAAGCAUUAACUUGGGAGAAACGCACCAGGAUAUCUUUGGGAUUAAUUAAAGCCAUUCAGCAUUUACAUCAGUUUGGAAUUAUUCAUGGAAAUAUAAAAAGUUCCAAUGUUUUGCUGGAUGCAAACUUUGUACCACAACUUGGACAUUCUGGUCUUAGACUGCAUCCUGUGGAAAAGAAAUCGGAAUAUACUGUGAUAAAAACCAAGGUCUUGCAAGCUUCACUAGCUUAUUUCCCAGAAGAUUUUGUCAGGCAUGGGCAGCUAACUGAAAAAGUGGACAUAUUUGCUUGUGGAAUUGUUUUAGCAGAAAUACUGACUGGCAUGAAAGCAGUGGAUGAAAGAAGAAAUCCUAUUUUUCUGAAAGAUGCCUUGCUUGAAGAACUCAGAAUGGCAAAAGAAUUGUCUUGUACUAAGGAGAAAAACUUUGAAAAUCUUGCUGCCAUACAAAUAUGUCACAAAUACCAAGAUAAGCAAACUGUUUGUUUGACAGAAACAGUUUCUUUAUACUUGGCCACUUCUAUCUGCAUUUGCCUGCGGAAAAAGAAUGCAAACACAACAGAGGUGAAUGAAAUGAUAGAAAUUGCAGAUCAUCAGAACAUGUCAGAAAGAAGCAGAAAUCUUGGGCUCUUCACCAAUAUUCCAGAAGAAACCAAUGAUGAACCAGCUAGUCCCUUCAAUGUUGAUUUUGAUGGUCAUAACCACAAGGCCUCUGCCAAUUCUGGAUCUCUAAACUGUACCACUAUAUUAUCACCUUGUAUAAAAGUUUUGCCUUCUGAAACAUACUCUGAGCAGAAUUUACGGGUACCUUGUGAGUCAGAUGAAUCCUGUACCUGUUCAUGGGACGCUGUAGAACACGCUUCCUGCUGUGCACCAGCCAAACACAGUCUGGAACCAGAAAAUGUUUCUUUCCCUAAGCCUAUGAUGUAUACAGCAAAAAAUACAGAUUCUGACAGAAAAACAAAUCAACAGCAGAGAAAAAAUGAUAGCCCUGCUUGUUCCUCACAAGGUAAAAGCUUUAAUUAAAGAAAUAAAAAUCAAUGAUAAAAAGAAGCAGCUAAUGGAAAAAAUAACAUUAUAUGAUGAAAAUAAGAUAAACAGUUAUGACCUCUUUGAAUCUUCAAUAUAAAUAUAUUUCUAUCAGACUUCAGAAGAUGGAGCAUUUCUUCCCCAGCAAAAUGCAUUUUUAAAAUACUGUUAUACUUCUAUAUACAAGAAAACUACAAUGAUGUUACAUAAUGAGAAAGCAUUCUUUUUCAAAUCCAUUUGUAUAUGAAUUUCUCUUAUUUUCCUAUUCUGGUUAAAAUUAUUUUGUUGGAUCUAGCCAAAAUAUUCUUCAGUUGCAACUGAUUACUAGUUGGUAUAUUCUCUGAAAACAAAUGUAUUUUUCUUAUUUUGUACAGGUAUUGAAUUAGAUAAUUACUAUGUCUCCUUAC